GCGUAGGCACUGAGACGCGUCACUCGUUGAUAACGCAAAACUCCGCUGCUGGACUUGAUACGAACACCAUACCAAAAAAAUAGAAAAACAACCGAAAACAAGGCAACAGGCACCGGUCACUCCUAAUAUUUCUGCCAUUGCCAUGAAAUGAGGGCACCAUGGGCGCCAAAGAGUCACGGAUAGGCUUCCUGUCGUAUGACGAGGCCGUUAAAAGAGUCACGGAUGUGGAGCUCAAACGUCUGCGAGAUGCCUUCAAGAGGACCAGUGGCCUGUCCGUCUAUAUGACCCAACAAUGCUUCUACAGGGAAGUACUUGGCGAUGGCGUUCCACCAAAGGUUGCAGAGGUGAUCUACAGUUCCUUUGGUGGCACAUCUAAAGGGCUACACUUCAACUACCUGAUCGUCGGGCUGGUUCUUUUAACAAGAGGACGCGAUGAAGAGAAAGCCAAAUACAUCUUCAGCUUGUUCGCCAGUGACUCCGGCACAUGCGUGGUCCGAGAGGAUGUGGAGAACAUGCUGCGUUCCGUGGAUGGGGAGGUCCCGCCCUCUAUUAGGAAGUGCUUUACUGAGGGAGAGAAGGUGAAUUACGAGAAGUUUAAGAGCUGGCUGCUGCAGAAUAAAGAGGCUUUCACAUUCUCCCGCUGGCUGCUGUCAGGUGGUGUGUGUGUCACCUUGACUGAUGACAGUGACACGCCAACCUUCUACCAAACCUUGGCAGGUGUUACUCACUUAGAAGAAUCUGACAUUAUUGACUUGGAAAAGCGCUACUGGCUGCUAAAAGCCCAGUCAAGGACAGGUCGCUUUGAUUUAGAAACCUUUCUCCCCUUGGUCUCACCCCCUAUUCAUGCAUCCUUAAGUGAAGGUUUGUUUCAUGCCUUUGAUGAGAAUCGGGACAAUCACAUUGACUUUAAGGAGAUAUCAUGUGGACUCUCAGCGUGUUGUCGGGGUCCUGUAGCUGAGCGGCAAAAGUUUUGUUUUAAAGUGUUUGAUGUAGACCGGGAUGGAGUUUUGUCAAGGGAUGAGAUUCAUGAGAUGGUGGUGGCGCUGCUGGAGGUGUGGAAGGACAACCGUACAGACACCCUGCCUGAGUUUAACUCCAGCGUGUCAGACAUUGUAGAAGACAUACUGAAAAUGCAUGACACAACAAAACAAGGGCACUUAACCUUGGAGGACUACCAGAUAUGGAGCGUGAAAAGUGCUCUCGCCAAUGAGUUCCUCAACCUACUGUUUCAGGUGUGUCAUAUCGUUUUGGGUCUGCGUCCAGCUACCCCUGAAGAAGAAGGCCAGAUCAUUAGGGGUUGGCUGGAGAGGGAAAGCAGGCAUGGACUGCAGCUAGGCCAAAACUGGUUCUUGAUCUCAAUGCAGUGGUGGCAACAGUGGAAAGAUUAUGUCAGAUAUGAUAACACGUCCAUUGUUGUUGACCAGCCGUUAAUGCAGGGUAGUGGCAUGAAAAGUUCACAGUCCACAGCUCUUGUGGAAUCCGUCCAAAACAGAGUUGGAAUAGUGGUCCGCUCCCCAAGUUCCCCAGAGGAGAGAUUUCCUGACAAUAUCUCCAGCUCAUCAGAGGCAUCUGAGAGUAUUGGUAAUAGCCUGACCCCCCACAUGAGUUCCUCUGCCACAGAUGUCUGCUUUGCUCGACAGCACAACGUUUCAGACAACAACAACCAGUGCUUUUCCAGUGCCAAUGGCCAUUUGCCCAACAGCAUGGCUGCACAGAGACCCGGUGCAAUAGACAACCAGCCUCUGGUGACCACUGAGUCUAUAAAGGCACCCACGCUGACUAUGGAGGGAGGUCGGAUAAAGAAAUCCCAGCAGUUGGUAGAUGGCCGGGACUUUGAGACCGUGCCAGAGCCAGUAUGGAGGGCACUUUACCACUGGUAUGGGGCCAAUCUUGGCCUACCUCGUCCGGUUAUUAUGUCUACACUCACCAAUCAACCAGAACUAGAGCUUUUCCCACGGUACCUUCUCUUCCUGCGACAGCAGCCGGCCACACGCACCCCUCAGUCCAACAUCUGGGUCAAUAUGGGUAUGACCAGUCUGCGAAUGUUCCCUCCAAACAUGCCCCGAGGAAAUGUUCCUUCUCCUAAUGCCCCCCUGAAGCGAGUGCUGGCAUACACAGGCUGUUUCAGCAGGAUGGGGACGAUUAAAGACAUUCACGAGUACCUGUCCCAGAGGUUACGCAUCAAAGACGAGGACAUGCGCCUGUGGCUAUACAACAGCGAGAAUUACCUCACGCUCCUGGACGAUGAAGAUCACACUUUAGAAAGUUUGAAAAUUCAAGACGAACAGCACUUAGUCAUUGAGGUUCGAAACAAAGAUAUGAGCUGGCCAGAGGAAAUGUCUUUCAUUGCGAACAGCAGCAAAAUUGACAGACACAAAGUUCCAACUGAGAAAGGUGCCACAGGUUUGAGCAACCUGGGUAACACGUGCUUCAUGAACUCCAGUAUUCAGUGUGUUAGCAAUACCAAGCCCCUCACUGAGUACUUCAUCUCAGGGCGACACCUAUAUGAGCUUAACAGAACCAAUCCCAUUGGAAUGCGUGGUCAUAUGGCCAAAUGCUAUGGGGAUUUGGUACAAGAACUCUGGAGUGGAACCCAGAAGAAUGUUGCACCUCUAAAAUUAAGGUGGACGAUAGCAAAAUAUGCUCCGAGAUUCAACGGCUUCCAGCAGCAAGAUUCCCAGGAGCUCCUGGCCUUCCUGUUAGAUGGGCUUCAUGAAGACUUGAAUCGUGUGCAUGAGAAACCUUAUGUGGAGCUGAAGGACAGUGAUGGACGACCAGACCAUGAAGUGGCCACAGAGGCCUGGGAAAACCAUUUACGAAGGAAUCGCUCUAUCGUAGUGGAUCUCUUCCAUGGGCAGCUCAGGUCCCAGGUGAAGUGCAAGACUUGCGGUCACAUCAGCGCCCGCUUCGACCCCUUUAACUUCCUUUCGCUACCGCUGCCCAUGGACAGCUCAAUGCACUUAGAAAUUACAGUUAUUAAACUUGACGGCUCCACUCCGGUGCGGUACGGGCUCCGUCUCAACAUGGAUGAAAAGUACAUGGGCCUGAAGAAACAACUGAGCGAGUUGUGCAGUCUGAAACCUGAGCAGAUUCUGCUGGCUGAAGUCCACACCUCCAACAUCAAGAACUUUCCUCAGGACAACCAAAAGGUGCGACACUCUGUGAACGGCUUCUUAUGUGCGUUUGAGAUCCCCGUACCUGGCUCACCCACCUCAGUCACUACUCUGGUUCAAACGGAAUCUCCACCUAUGGCCAAUGGGACAGCAGGAACCAAUCACAUUGGAAAGUCUAACUUGAUUCCCAAUGGAAUGCCGAGCACAGUGGUUCCAUGCACCCAAGAGAAGCCCCUCGCCAAUGGUAUCCCAAAUGGUCAUGCUGUUCCAGUGCCAGACAGCCCCUUCAUCGGGUACAUCAUUGCCAUGCACAGAAAAAUGAUGCGGACGGAGCUGUACUUCCUGUCCUCCCAGAAGAACAGGCCUAGUCUGUUUGGUAUGCCAUUGAUUGUGCCAUGUACAGUACACACCAGUACUAAGGACCUAUAUGAUGCCGUGUGGAUCCAGGUGUCCCGUCUCGCCAGUCCUCUGCCCCCACAGGAAGCCAGUAACCACGCUCAGGACUGUGAUGACAGCAUGGGCUAUCAGUACCCCUUUACCCUCCGUGUGGUGCAGAAAGACGGUAAUUCCUGCGCCUGGUGUCCCUGGUACAGGUUCUGCAGAGGCUGCACGGUGGAGUGUAGCGAGGACAGAGCGUCUUUAGGAAACGCCUACAUUGCUGUAGACUGGGACCCCACUGCCCUGCACCUCCGUUACCAGACAUCUCAAGAAAGGAUAGUCGAAGAACAUCCCAGUGUUGAACAAAGUCGAAGGGCUCAGGCAGAACCCAUAAGUUUGGACAGCUGUCUGAAAGCCUUCACCAGUGAAGAAGAGCUGGGAGAGGAUGAGCUCUAUUAUUGCUCCAAGUGUAAAACCCAUCGCCUGGCCACCAAGAAGCUGGACCUGUGGAGGUUGCCCCCUGUACUGAUUGUUCAUCUAAAACGCUUCCAGUUUGUCAACGGCCGUUGGAUCAAAUCUCAGAAGAUUGUAAAGUUUCCACGAGAAAGCUUUGACCCCAGUGCGUUUCUGGCCCCAAGGGAGAUUUCUCAGAGCCUGGGCAGCCUUCAGAGCCUACAGAGCCAAAGCGAGUGCCUGGUAGAGGAGCUCCAAAGACUGGAGAGAGGAGACUCUUCUGUAUCCACCAUCUCCACUACUACCGUAGCCAGUCCUCCAACAUCUGGGAAAGGUACACCGUCCUCCAUCAGAAGGGUGGGCAGCCCACUGAGCAGAAACAGCAGUCCCGGUAACAGCCCUAGGAACACGGGACGGAAACAGGGCCGCCUGCGUCUGCCCCAGCUGGGCAGCAGACAUCGACUCUCAAACAGUAAAGAAAACCUGGACAGCAGUGCCAUGAGCAACAGCAAGGAGAGCGAGAUGGAGCCUGAGCAGGGCAUAGUGACAGACGGGGAGAAUCAGGGGGCGUCUGAUGCAAACAUGCAGGACUCCUGGUCGCUGGAUGCCUCAAGCACUGAUUGUGAUGUCAUCAUGGUGAAUGGAUUGGGACAAGACAGCAGUCAGAGUAACGGACACUCAGAAGUCAGCACUGAUCUGGACACACCUCACCAAAGAAAUGACAUCUGCCUGGAACCCUUUUACAAUUUAUAUGCAAUCUCAUGUCAUUCGGGAAUAAUGGGAGGGGGCCACUAUGUGACUUAUGCCAAAAACCCCAAUGAAAAAUGGUACUGUUACAACGACAGCAGCUGCAAGGAAGUUCACUCGGACGAGAUCGACACCGAUUCAGCUUACAUCCUGUUCUACGAGCAGCAGGGAGUGGACUACUCGCAGUUUCUGCCGAAAACAGAGGGAAAAAAGAUGGCAGACACCACGAGCAUGGACGAAGACUUUGAAUCUGACUAUAAGAAGUACUGUGUGCUGCAGUGAUGUCACGCUCUUCCAUGCUCUUAAAAGACACUAGGGGUCCUUCAGUGUGCCAGUGCAGCGAGGACUAAAACGCCAACACUCCCCCGGAGGACCGUCAUUUUGACAGCACAAAAUAUGAGUUAGUGGACCGGUGUGAGUCCACCACCGACUGCGCUUUCAGAAUAAAGGUACCUGUCGCUUCAGUUAAACGAGUGAAGGGGAGAGUGAAGCAUCUCGUCUGAAUGAGUGAAUCAGAGAGAGAGAGAACAGUAGCGAGUCAUUGUUGCCAAGCAAACAUAUAACUUAGUACUGAAAGACUGAAAGCCCUUCAUAUCACCUUAACCAGGCAGGCAAAACCGGAUGGGUAAACCACAUGAAGAGUGAGCUCAUGGGGAGAACCUAAUAUUUUAAUUAGGAAACUGAUUAAAGAUUGCAUCCAUCUAAAUUAUAGUUGUGUCAAAGAGCCCUAAAUGUUUCGUUUUUGUCAUUAUUAUCUUUGUUUCCAGUAAUUUAUCCAGUCAUUUUUAUACACUACCUCACAUCUUUGCAGUUCAGCCAACUGUUAAUAGAAUAUUAAUGUGACAGUAUUAUAUCUUUCCUUAAUCAAUUUCCAAACAGUUCAUUCAUUUUUUAAAUAUGUAAACGUACAUUUAAAAAAUACAAAAUCAUCCCGCUCCACUGCCAAAUCAUGCAUAUGCUUUAUUCAUUAAUAGGUUUUAUUUAAACUGUUUUCAUUUCCUCUUUUUCAAAGAGUAUAAAUGUAUCUUCAUAUAUUUUUUUGUUUUAAUUUUUAUUUUUAUAACAAGUUCUUUUUUAUCAUUGAUAUUUUUAAUGCAAUAGCUCACAGGGGCUUAUACCACAUUUACUGUCUAAACAAAUCUCAAAGUCUUCUCAACAUGCAUAGCUUUUACAUCGCUUUCCUGUUAGCACUGUAUUUCUGGCUCCACAGUUGACGGCUUACAGAUACAUAUCUCUCGAUGUUUCCUCACAGAAGAGACUUCACAUGUCCAAGCCAAAGUUUAAACCGGUCAUGUACAUAGUCGUCGGGGAACCUUUGAAUACCGUUAAAGCGAAAGGACAGGGUUGUAUGAACAGUGUUAUCCGAAAGCGACCACAAAAAUGUCAAUGAAUGGCAUUCUGGAGUUCCCGAUUAUUAGUAGCAUUUGUUUAGUGUCUCUUAGAGCUAAACCUCUUAUUACCACUGUGAAAAUAUGUAUGAAAUAUUGCUCUUAUUUCUAAGCAACUCAUCAACUGAAUGAGCUUCUCGUAAAUGGGGAAUUACACCCUUGGGAAUUAUGUGCCCAUACUCAUUUUGCUGCUGUACUUAAAAUUUUCCAUCUCACGGAUAUAUUAACUAAAUGUUUGCCAUUGACGAAAGGUUUAUCCCUGUAUGAAAUAAAUGUUUGUGAAAUCGACAACUAUAUUACUGGGAGGCAGUUAAAACGUCAAUG